AACAAUAUUCUCAUCAUAGGGGUCCCAGAAGGAGAAGAGAGAGAGACAAAGCAGUAGAAUUCUCUUUGAAGAAAUAAUAACUGAAAACAUCUGCAAUCUAGGGAAGGAAACAGAUACCAGAUCCUGGAAGCACAGAGAGCCCCUAACAAGAUGAACCCCAGGAAGAAAACACCAAGACGUACAGUAAUUAAAAUGGCAAAGAUUAAAGAUAAAGAGGGAAUCUUACAGGCAGAUAGUUACCUAGAUGGGAAACUCCAGAAGGCUAUAAGCAGAUUUCAAAGCAGAAACUCUACAGGCCAGAAAGGAGAGGCAUGAAAUAUUCAAUGAAUUAAAAGGGAAGAACCUACAACCAAGAAUCCUCUACCCAGCAAGGUUAUCAUUCAUAAAUCCAGUUUCACCUACUCAUCCUCUUCCCUUUCUCUAUAAAAUCCUAGCAACCAUUGAUCUUUUCCAUCAUCUCCAUAGUUUUUCUUUCUCCAGAAUGUCAAAUAGUUGGAAUCAUUAUGGACUUUUUCACCACACUGACUUUCUCACUUAUCUCUACUUAACGUUCAUCCUUGUCUUUGUGUGUGUGUGUGUGUGUGGCUUGGUAGCUCAGUUAUAUUUACUACAGAAUAAUGAGUCAUCGUAUGGAUGUAUCACUCUGUUUAUCCAGUCACCUGUUGAAGGACAGCUUGGUUGCUCCUAGUUUUGGUGGUUACAAAUAGAGUUGUUAUAGGCUGACUUCCUGUUGUCCACCAAGGAAGGUGGCCCAGCGGCAGAUGACUGCCAUACACUCUCUCCCCAUGUCUGUAUCACUAAAGAUCCCCAAGUAAUUCCUGAGCAGCACCACCAAUGGGCUGACAUUUUCUCUGGGUCCUAGAUCUCCCUGAGAGCCUGGAUGAGGAGCUUUCUGCAGACGGGGCAGAGGGAAAGUCUCCAUUUACUUCCAAGGUAAGCUUGCCUGUCUUUGCCUAAGAGAGAAAUGUUGUUUACUUGGUUCCUCUCUUUUUGAGUUGAGUUCAGAUAUGAAAAAAUGACAGUGUACAUUCUAGAUGUGAGAUACUAUUUUCUUGGUGUGGUGGAAGGCGAGGAUGUGAACUGUACAGUAGGGACCCUUUUACUCAAAAAACAUUUUUUUUCUCCAUGGAUUAAGAGUUUUGCAAUUGCUCCCUCGAUGGACUUGACAGAUACAUUCUCCAGGAAAAGCUCAUGCCCUUUCCCAUUGGAGGACUCUAUGCUUGUUUUGGGGGCCUUUGACUUACUACUGUUUCUCAUUUCGUUUGCAAUAGUUGCCAAACCACCAAGGACACAGUACACACAUAAUGUGAUGCAACAGUGUUUUCUCUCAUUGCAGGUGGCCUCCAGACGGGACAGAAACAAUGUUGGCAACAUGGACAGAACAUCUCCAUCGUCCCUGAGUGGUAGUUCGGCAUUUCGUGUGAAGGGGCCUUGGGAUCCGAUCACUACACCUGCGGAAGACUGCGAUGUGGAGACCUUUCUCAGUGGCAGCAGUGACGAGGAGGACUGUCCAGUAACCGAACUCCUUCCUAUGGACCAGCCAGAGGAGACCAUGCCUGUUGAUGAGGAAGAGCCUGUUGCUCUAUCCGAGAUGGCUUCAGGAACAAGUGAAAGUGAUUUAUAUCCCCCCAAGCAACACAGCAGCCAGUAUGAACUUUCCCAGUAA